CGAAGGGGACAAAAUAAAGUUUUGUGCCACAAUUACACCCAAAGCGGCGCCGCGUGAUUUCGGAGGCAAAGUUCGGGUACAAUUAUCAGGGUCCAACUUUUACCACCACUACUAUUCCCUUCUCCCUCUCUUUUGCUCCCGUCGUUUUUGCUUUCGAUAAUUGCACAUUCCUACUUGACAGCCUAUUUACUCCAACAAAAAUGACUUCACCUAUGGACGCGGGUGGACUUUCCCGGGCGGCACAACGCAAACAGAGGCUCUUGGAAAUUGAGAAUGAACAGAGGAUGGAGGAUGUAGAGGCGUUGAGAAUGACGGAAGAGCAAUGGCAGGUGCUGUUACGCUCAUUUGCGACCGUGACUUCCGAGUUCUUUCCUCUCGAUGGGCUGCAGUGGACGCCAGUAUCGCUGAAGAAGCGUAUACAGGUGAUGAAGCGAGUGGCGACAAAGGAAACAACGACGACGACCACCUCGAAUGACCGCCCUCCUGCAUCGCCCUCGCCACCUGCUCUCGCUUCCAUCACGAACGCCACCAUCGGCUCCGCAGAAGACACAGUCCGUGUAUCGUCAGCGUCAUUAUCCGCGUUCCUGACGUCGUACUAUGCAUCUCCUUCUCGCACCGGCGAACGGUCCAGGUCGCCUGUCAAAGGCCUAUUUACGGAGGAAGACGAGGAAACCUCCACCAACAGUGCAGAUGAUUCGACUGUCCGCGGUCGUCUCAGCCGGAAGCCAGGCAGCACUGUACCUGUGCCUAUAUCCACGUCAGCCAGACCGUUGGACGACGAGGAGCUACGUACACCUGUCGCGCCAUCUCAUUCCAUAUCUUUUGAGCAGACACCUCCCUCUUUUGAACAACUUACUACUACACCCUGUCCGUCGAGGAAGAGGAGACUGGAUGACUCUCCUUCGUCUGGCACGAAACGUUUACAUCACACAUAGCUAUCCUUAUUGCCAUUUUGGUCAGCGCUACACAUACAUACCCAACCCUGCAAUGCAUAUGGAUUUGC